UUUUUUUUUUUUUUUGUCUCUGGUUCCAAAAUUACUUCCUCUGCAAUUUUGCCUGCUGCUCACUCACUCACUCACUCACUCACUCACUUCAAAAUCUAGGCUAUGGCGGCUUCUUCUUCUUCUUCGUCCUUAUUCAAGCCGCUUUGUUUCGACAAUAUUAAGAUUAGGCAACAGUCCAAUCGUAGAAAUAACGUUGUUCAGUGUGUUCUUCACUCUCCCUCUGUUCUUCAUUUUCCCGACCAAACUACUUCUAACAAAAAGCUGAUUGUCAAAGAAGAAAAUAAAGCUUCUAUUUCCGGUUGGAAUUUUCUUCAAAAAACGGCAUCCAUGGCGUUAGAUAUGGUCGAAUCCGCCUUACUUUCAUUCGAGCUUCAACACCCACUCCCCAAAACCGCCGACCCACGUGUUCAAAUCUCUGGAAAUUUCGCUCCGGUACCGGAGCAACCCAUUAAACACAACCUCCCUGUCACCGGAACCAUCCCCGACUGCAUUAACGGCGUCUACAUCCGCAACGGAGCCAACCCUCUCUUCGAACCCACCGCUGGUCACCAUCUCUUCGACGGCGAUGGCAUGGUCCACGCCGUCUCCAUCAAUGACGGCUCAGCCAGCUACGCUUGCCGGUUCACCGAAACCCAACGACUGGUCCAAGAACGGAAACUCGGGCGGUCUAUUUUCCCAAAAGCCAUUGGCGAACUCCACGGUCACUCAGGAAUCGUGCGGCUGCUCCUCUUCUACGCUCGAGGACUGUUCGGGCUCGUCGACCAUAGAAACGGAACAGGAGUGGCGAACGCCGGUUUGGUGUUCUUUAACGACCGGCUGCUGGCGAUGUCAGAAGACGAUUUGCCGUACCACGUGCGUAUCACGCCCUCGGGCGACUUAGAAACCGUGGGCCGUUACGAUUUCAACACGCAGCUUCAAUCCACAAUGAUCGCACACCCGAAAGUGGACCCAGUUUCCAGAGAGAUGUACGCGCUUAGUUACGACGUCGUUCAUAAACCAUAUCUCAAAUACUUCCGAUUCUCCCCCGACGGAAUCAAAUCCAACGACGUCGAAAUUCCUCUCCAAACUCCGACGAUGAUGCACGAUUUCGCCAUAACGGAGAAUUUCGUCAUCAUCCCCGACCAGCAGGUAGUAUUCAAGCUUCAGGAAAUGGUCAAGGGCGGAUCUCCGGUGAUCUACGACAAGAACAAGAAAUCCCGAUUUGGGAUUCUCCCGAAAAAUGCAACCGAUUCGAAGGAUUUAAUCUGGGUGGAGUCGCCGGAGACGUUCUGUUUCCAUUUAUGGAAUGCUUGGGAGGAGGCGGAAACAGAGGAGGUGGUGGUGAUCGGGUCGUGCAUGACGCCACCGGACUCGAUUUUCAACGAGUGCGACGAGAAUUUGAAAAGCGUAUUAUCGGAAAUUCGCCUGAAUUUAAGAACGGGGAAGUCCACACGGCGGCCGAUAAUCACCGAGGAGGAUCAUCAGGUGAAUCUAGAAGCCGGAAUGGUGAACAGAAACCGUCUGGGGCGGAAAACCCGAUACGCGUAUCUGGCAAUUGCAGAGCCAUGGCCGAAGGUUUCGGGGUUCGCUAAGGUUGAUCUGGUAACAGGGGAGGUAAAAAAGCAUAUUUACGGCGGUAGAAAAUUCGGAGGGGAGCCGUUCUUUUUACCGAAGGAGGUGAAUUCAGAGAAGGAAGAAGAAGAAGACGAUGGGCACAUUCUUGUGUUUGUACACGACGAGAGGACGUGGAAAUCGGAGCUGCAAAUAGUGAACGCCAUGGAUUUGAAGGUGGAAGCGACAGUGAAAUUGCCGUCGAGAGUGCCGUAUGGAUUUCAUGGGACAUUCGUGGACGCAACCAAGUUGCGAAAUCAAGCUUGAUUGAUUGAUUGAUUUAAACAAAUCUCUGAAAAGUAUGAGUAUUUUAUGAGUGGAUGGAGAAAUUACCUGUGGGAUGGCUUACAAACAGCUCCCCGGAUUCUCUCCUAUUCGCAUUAAAAUCUGAACAACCUUUCUUUUUCUUACUUUAAUUUUUAUUUUGAGCGAGCGAUUUGUAGAGGAAAAACCCAGCUUGUAGCUUUUGGACACUUGGGUAAUUUCGAGCUCAGCUGGUUUCUGGUUUCUGUUCCCGUCCUGUAAAAAAUAGUAAAA